GGCCCGGUACCGGCAGCUGUCCGUCUCACCUGAUGACGGUGACGAACUGCGUCAUGGUGAGCUCGUGGGGAACCAGGAACUUGGUCUUGUCCAGCGGAGGCAGGAACUUCUCCCGCUCGUAGCGCUCGAUGAUGACCUGCGGGGCGGACAGGAGCUCAGAGGGGGGCACACAGCGGCCCGCGGCCCCGGGCACCGACCCCCACACUUACCGGCACCUUGUUGGGGAACUUAGACCGGAUCCCCGCCACCUCCUGCCUGCGUGUAGCUGCGCACAAACGACAGAAGAGCGAGUCCCUCGCGGUGGUUUUACUUUGAAAACCCGGAAGCUCUCCGCGGUGUUUCCGGGUAGCUUGACGGAUCCUCCAUCAUCUGACAGCCGCUUCGGACCGGAGCUCAGAGGACCGUGCAUGGACUCCGUUUCCCCGCGGAGGGGAUCCUACUGACCGUUCCAGAGCCCCCCAGGUCCGGUCCGGUCCGGCCAUGGACGAGCAGGUAGGCCCCGGUGUCUUCUUCAGCACCACCCCGGGAUCCGGGGCCGGCAGCAUCAAAGCCCCGGUACCUGGCGACGUCGGCGGCGGAGAGGCGGCCCGGGCUCAGUACAGCAUACCGCGGAUCUUACACUUCCUCCAGCACGAGUGGGCCCGGUUCGAGGUGGAGCGGGCCCAGUGGGAGGUGGAGCGGGCCGAGCUGCAGGCUCAGAUUGCCUUCCUACAGGGCGAGAGACGAGGCCAGGAGAACCUGAAGAAGGACCUGGUUAGGCGGAUCAAGAUGCUGGAGUACGCCCUCAAACAGGAGAGAGCCAAAUACCACAAGUUGAAAUACGGGACGGAGUUGAAUCAGGGAGACAUCAAUCCUCCGAGCUACAAUUCAGAUGACGGCGCCGACAGAGAGCUGCCCAGUCCUCCCAGCAGCAGCCAUCAGCUCAGCUGGAAACAGGGACGCCAGCUGCUGAGACAAUACCUGCAGGAGGUCGGAUACACCGACACCAUCCUGGAUGUGAAGUCCCAGCGGGUCAGGGCGCUGCUCGGUCUGACAGGAGACUCUGGAGACAAGCCUUCGGACGGGAGGACCGAGCUGAUGGUCAACGGCACCGAACCGUCCUCGCUGAAGGACAGCGGCGUGGUCAGUAAACCUGACAUGUCCGACUCGGCCACCGUGUUGGAGGCCUUCAAGUUCAUCGAGAGCGCUGCAGCGGAGUUCAGCGACGAGGACGAGGACAGCGACGGGAGGGACAAAACCAUCCUGGACUUGGCGGUGAUGGUGAAGAAGAAACAGUUGUCCACUCCGUCCUCCACCAUGUCCGACCUCAGCGAUGACCCCGACACCGAGGAGGCCCUGAAGGACUUCGACUUCCUGGCGAGUCCGGAAGAGUUGGAUGGGUCUCCAGAGUCCAGCAGGGAGUGGGAGAAGGAAGACCAGCCUCCUCUGGGGGACCUGGCCUGGGACGUUGACCAGGGACUCAUCGCCCAGCUCAAGGAGCAGUACCGGAAGGAACGCAAGGGCAAGAAGGGGGUGAAGAGACCGAACCGGUCCAAGCUGCAGGACAUGUUGGCCAACCUGCGUGACGCCGAGGAUCUUCCCUCCGUGACGCCGACUGUGAUUCCGCCCUCUCGGCCCAGCGUUUCCCGGCUUGGCGAGCAGGAAGUGGGCCGCCCCGACGAUGAGGCAGCCACGUUCCUGCCGUUGGCGGGGAAGUCCUUCAUCCUGGGCCGAGUGGACGAGGCAGUCUCCAACGAGCUGGGACUGGGAGAACUGGCCAGACUGACCGUCACCAACGAGGCCGACAACCUGGCCUACGACAUCACCAACAACAAAGACGCUCUGAGGAAAACCUGGAACCCCAAGUUCACCCUGCGGAGCCACUUUGACUCGGUCCGGAGUUUGGCGUUCCACCCGGUGGAGCCAGUUCUGGUCACGGCCUCCGAGGAUCAAACCCUCAAACUGUGGAACCUGCAGAAGAUGGCGCCAGCCAAAAAGUGUGCUGCUUUAGACGUGGAGCCCAUCUACACAUUCAGAGCUCACAGCGGCGCUGUCCUGAGCGUCACCAUGAGCUCCAGUGGUGAGCAGUGCUUCAGUGGAGGGAUGGAUGGAACUAUUCAGAGCUGGAACACCCCCAACCCCAACAUCGACCCCUACGACUCGUAUGAACCCUCCGUCCUGAGGGGGGCGCUGUGCGGUCACACCGACUCGGUGUGGGGUCUGGUCUACAGCUCGGCUCACCACCACCUCCUCUCCUGCUCGGCCGAUGGGACAGUCCGGCUGUGGAACGCCGCCGACGCCUCGCCGUCUCUGGCUGUGUUCAACGAUGGAGGAGAGCUGGGAGUGCCAACCUCAGUGGACCUGGUGAGCAGCGAGCCGGCCCACAUGGUGGCGUCAUUCAGCACCGGACACAUCGGACUCUUCAAUAUGGAGACGCAGCAGCUCGUCCUUAAGCUGGAGUCGGCCGGACCGCCAGAUGCUCCCUGCAGGAUCAACAAAGUGCUGAGUCACCCCACGCUGCCCAUCACCAUCACCGCCCAGGAGGACCGACACAUCCAGUUCUUCGACAACAACACAGGUAAACUCAUCCACUCGAUGGUCGCCCACCUGGACUCGGUCACGAGUCUCGCUGUGGAUCCAAAUGGACUGUACCUCAUGUCAGGAAGUCACGACUGCUCCAUCCGGCUCUGGAACAUGGAGACCAAAACCUGCAUCCAGGAGUUCACCGCCCACCGCAAGAAGUUUGACGAGUCCAUCCACGACGUGGCAUUCCACCCCACCAAGUGCUAUAUCGGCAGCGCCGGCGCCGACGCCCUCGCCAAAGUCUUCGUAUGACGGACCGGCCAGGCCUCCUGGACUCGGAUUGGGCCUCCUGGACUCGGACUGGGCCUCUUAGACUCCUGGCCUCCUGGACUCGGGCUGGCCCGGUCCUCCUAACAAGCUCAGUACUGUAAUUGAACCUGUCGGUCUCCUCUGCGGAAACAUGAAAACGUGCCUUUUUACUUCAGAAAGACGAAAAGGAGCCGUCGGGUUCGGAGGCUGAGGAACGUUUUUCUUCUGGUUUCUUUGAAUCUCCACAUCGGAGGCGUUUUCUGUGACGUCCAGAGACUCUGAAGCUGAAUCUCACCUGAACCUGACUCCAGGUGUUUCUUCUCCUGAAACAGUUUUGGCUCCACUCUGCUGCCGUAUUUACACACGUGGACAAAAUUGUUGGUACUCCUCGGUUAAUGAAAGAAAAACUCACAAUGGUCACAGAAAUAAUUUGAAUCUGACAAAAGUAAUAAUAAAUAAAAAAUUCUAUGAAAAUUAACCAAUGAAAAUCAGACAUUGCUUUUGAACCAUGGUUUAACAGAAUUAUUUUAAAAGAUAAACUCAUGAAACAGACCUGGACAAAAAUGAUGGUACCCUUAACUUAAUAUUUUGUUGCACAACCUUUUGAGGCAAUCAUUGCAAUCAAACCAUUUGUGUAACUGUCAGUGAGACUUCUGCACCUCUCAGCAGGUAUUCUGGUCCACUCCUCAUCAGCAGACUGCUCCAGUUGUCUCAGGUUUGAAGGUUCCUUCUCCAGACACCAUGUUUCAGCUCCUUCCACAGAUGUUCUAUAGGAUUUAGAUCAGGGCUCAUAGAGGCCACUUCAGAAUAGUCCAAUGUUUUCCUCUUAGCCAUUCUUGGCUGUUUCUAGCUGUGUGUUUUGGCUCAUUAUCCUGUUGCAAGACCCAUGACCUGCGACUGAGACCAAGCUUUCUGACACUGGGCAGCAUAUUUCUCUCUAGAAUACCUUGAUAGUCAUGAGAUUUCAUUGUACCUGCACAGAUUCCAGACACCCUGUACCAGAUGCAGCAAAGCAGCCCCAGAACAUAACAGAACCUCCUCCAUGUUCCACAGUAGGGACAGUGUUCUUUUCUUGAUUUGCUUCAUUUUUGCAUCUGUGAACAUAGAGCUGAUGUGCCAAAAAGUUCCAGUUUUGUCUCAUCUGUCCAUAGGACAUUCUCCCAGAAGCUUUGUGGCUUGUCAACAUGCAGUUUGGCAAAUUCCAGUCUGGCUUUUUUAUGAUUUGUUUUCAACAAUGGUUUCCUCCUUGGUCGUCUCCCAUGAAGUCCACUUUGGCUCAAACAAUGAUGGAUGGUGGGAUCUGACACUGAUGUACCUUGACCUUGGAGUUCACCUUUAAUGUCUUUAGAGGUUGUUCUGGGCUCUUUUCUUACCAUUCGUAUUAUCCCUCUCUUCCAUUUGUCAUCAAUUUUCCUCCUGUGGCCACGUCCAGGGAGGUUGACUACAGUCCCAUGGAUCUUAAAUUUCUGAAUAAUAUGUGCAACUGUAGUCACAGGAACAUCAAGCUGCUUGGAGAUGGUCUUAUAGCCUUUACCUUUAACAUGCUGGUCUAUAAUUUCCUUUCUAAUCUCCUGAGACAACUCUCUCCUUGGCUUCCUCUGGUCCAUGUUUAGUGUGGUUCACACCAUGUCACCAAACAGCACAGUGACUACUGUAACCCUAUAAAUAGGCCGACUGACUGAUUACAAGUUUGUAGACACCUGUGAUGCUAAUUAGAGGACACACCUUGAUUGAACAUGUCCCUAUGGUCACAUUAUUUUCAGUCUUUUCUAGGGGUACCAUCAUUGUUGUCCAGGCCUGUUUCAUGAGUUCAUUUUUUAAAAAUAAUUCUGUUGAACCACGGUUCAAAAGCAAUGUCUUAUUUUCAUUGGUUAAUUUUCAUAGAAUUUUUAUUUAUUAUUACUUUUGUCAGAUUCAAAUUAUUUCUGUUACCAUUGUGGGUUUUUCUUUCAUUAACCGAGGGGUACCAACAAUUUUGUCCACAUGUGUAUUUCUUUUGACUCGUCGCUAAUACUAAUUAGCUCCCGGAUUGUGACAUAACUCCCCCUCAGACUGAGCUUUCUCUGUUGGACGCCUGGAAUCCUGUAUUCCCUGUAUUUACUGUAAUGAUUUGGUUUGGAGGGACUUUUUUAAACGUGUUUGGUGACAGACAACAGAUUUUUUUUUUUUUAAAAUUCUCCAUUCUACUUGAAGUCUGGUCCUUCGUGGGUUUUUCUGCUGGUGUUUUAGACUUCAGCUCUUCUUUCUGCUUUUUACCAAGCUAUCGUCUCAGACAUGCAGCCGUCAAGUUUUAAAUCCAAAAAGGAGAACAGAGGCGUGUACAGUUUCUAAGUAUUAAAGCAGAUCUAUUUAUUAAUGUAAAGGAGAACCGAGGGACGGAUCAUUCAUGGUUAGCAGCUAGCUAGCAGCUAAUCACACAGAAAUAUGGUCAGAUGCAAUGAACUGUUCCUUUAGAGUUUUUAUUAUGAUGGUCUUUAUAAAUGUCGAAAGUUUUAAACUUGUCAGCUGUUCACACUGAAGCAGCUUUUAUUUAUUUAAAUGUUUAAGGAACCAGAACGCCAUCUGAGGAUGGAUCUGUGAGGAAGGAUCAGAAAGUUCAGAGACUAGGACCAGAAACCAUCCUGAACUGCUUCCAGUGCAGCUCUGCUCUGCUUCCAGAGCUCCUGCAGCAACGCGACCAAACAGAGACUCUUCAGCUGGAGUUUCAUUUAGUGGAAGAAGAAGAACCUGGACAGUCGAUGAUGUUUUACACAGAAAUGAAUCCAGAGAUCUGCAGCGUUUGUUUCCUGAAUGUGGUGACGGAUGGCUGUGUUGGCUCAGAAAUGACCCCAAAUUGGUCCAAAGUGACAGAAAUUAAACCAAAAUUUGUCCAUAAUGACGAUAAAUUUAUCCAAAUUAAUAAAUACAUCGUCGAAAAUAAUAAAAAAUUGUUUGGAAGAAUCCAAAAUACAUACAAAAUAACUUUAAUUGUGACAAAGCUAAUAGAAAAUUGUCCAAAAUUACUCUCAAUUUGUUGUAAAUAACAAGACUUUGUCCCAAAUUUGUCUGAAAUUACUGGAAUAUGUCCAAAAUGGGAAAAACUUUUCCAUAAUGACUAAGAAUUUGUCAAAACCUUGUCCAGCCUCACUUUAAAUUUGUUCAAAGUGACCAAACGAUGUCUACAGUAACCAAGACUAUGACUCAAGGUUUGUCCAAAUUAACAGGAACUUGUCCCUAAUGACUCUAAAUGAGUUUGAAAUGACUGUAAGGACACCAGAUUUAAAUCUAAAAUUAUAAAAACACUGUUUGAAAUGAGUCUUAAAUGGCCGUGAGUUUGUUCUGAAUAAUAAAACAUUGUUUAAAGUCAACCAAAUAAUGUCAAAAAUGACAGAAAUAUGUCCAAAAUACUCAAUUAAAUUUCUAAUCCUGGUAAAAAAAAAAACAAUGAAACAUUGUUUAAAAUGACCCAAAAUAUGUAAGAAAUGACUAAAAAUUAUCCAAAAAUAAUCCUAAAUUUGUCCACAAUGACCCAAGAGUUUUGUAAAUUUAAUUGAAAUAACUCAGAUUUUUGACAGAGUUUAUUGCUUUCCAGGCUUUACCAGUUUUUGUUUCUAUAUCAUGUGUUGGUGAAACCAUUAACUUUUUCCAUUUCCGACCUGUUUAGUGGUGAAUGUGUCCUUGUUGGGUUGAGGUGCAUGAACUUCGUCUUUCUGGCAUUCAGGAAGAGUUUCUACCCGAUGCAGAAGGUCUUCUGCUUCACUCAGAGUGUUCUCCAAUAGGUCAGUGUCGUCUGCGAAUGGAAGUUCUGGGAGGACUUCUUCAGGGUUCUUCUACUUUGACGACACUUUAGGUUCACAACAUCGGAGGGUAUUUCUCAGUCUAAGCAGAUGAUGAAGAGGAAGUGACUGAGAACAGCUCCAAAUGAGAACAAAAUGACCUAAAAAUGAUCCAGAAACCAACAACAUGAAGCCAAAAUUAUGAAAAUGAUAAACUGAUGUAGAGGGAGCCAAAAUAAAGACACAAAACGAAGCGUUCUCCUCCAGAUCGGUUUAAAUGAGGAUCAGAACGUCUGUUUUCUGUCUUCUUCAGUCUCUGAACCUUCUGAUCUGAACCCUCGGACAGAUUUAGCUGCAGCUGUUCCCUAAAAAACAACUUUAAAAUUCUCUUCUGUGUUCAGAAACAGAAUCUAAUCUCUGCUGCUUGGUUCUGAAGAGCAGAACCUCCGGGAUCCCAGAGCUGCUGUUGGUUUUUCAAUGUUCCGAUAAAAACUGAAGAACAAGAAUCCACAAACAGGAGUUCUACACUCUGAUGACGAAGGAGUUUUCCUCCCAGUAGCAGGAGUUAAAUCUCCUGUUAAUGAGAAGCUUCAGGUGUGUAGAUGACUUCCUGAGUAGAGAAGCUGCUGUACAUAGGUGUGAUGUUUCCUUGUUUCCUUCAGGAUGGUUUGGUGGCAGAUUUAGUAACAAUAAAGAACAUGUUGAACACGGA